AACUUGCUGGACACGUCGACCAUCCACGGGGACUGGGGCUGGCUCACGUACCCGGCGCAUGGGUGGGACUCCAUCAACGAGGUGGACGAGUCCUUCCGGCCCAUCCACACGUACCAGGUGUGCAACGUCAUGAGCCCCAACCAGAACAACUGGCUGCGCACGAGCUGGGUGCCCCGCGACGGUGCCCGGCGCGUCUACGCGGAGAUCAAGUUCACGCUCCGUGACUGCAACAGCAUGCCCGGCGUGCUGGGCACCUGCAAGGAGACCUUCAACCUCUACUACCUGGAGUCGGACCGCGACCUGGGCUCCAGCACGCAGGAAAGCCAGUUCCUCAAAAUCGACACCAUCGCGGCCGACGAGAGCUUCACGGGCGCGGACCUGGGCGUGCGGCGGCUCAAACUCAACACGGAGGUGCGCGGCGUGGGUCCCCUCAGCAAGCGCGGCUUCUACCUGGCCUUCCAGGACAUCGGCGCCUGCCUCGCCAUCCUCUCCCUCCGCAUCUAUUACAAGAAGUGCCCCGCCAUGGUGCGCAACCUGGCGGCCUUCUCGGAGGCGGUGACCGGCGCAGACUCGUCCUCGCUGGUGGAGGUGCGGGGCCAGUGCGUGCGGCACUCGGAGGAGCGGGACACCCCCAAGAUGUACUGCAGCGCCGAGGGCGAGUGGCUGGUGCCCAUUGGCAAGUGCGUGUGCAGCGCCGGCUACGAGGAGCAGCGGGAUGCGUGCGUGGCCUGUGAGCUGGGCUUCUACAAGUCAGCCCCUGGGGACCAGCUGUGUGCCCGCUGCCCACCCCACAGCCACUCCGCAGCCCCGGCCGCCCAGGCCUGCCGCUGUGACCUCAGCUACUACCGUGCGGCCCUGGACCCGCCUUCGGCAGCCUGCACCCGGCCACCCUCUGCACCCGUGAACCUCAUCUCCAGUGUAAAUGGGACAUCUGUGACCCUGGAAUGGGCCCCUCCCCUGGACCCAGGUGGCCGCAGUGACAUCACCUACAACGCCGUGUGCCGCCGCUGCCCCUGGGCACUGAGCCACUGUGAGGCGUGUGGGAGUGGCACCCGCUUCGUGCCCCAGCAGACCAGCCUGGUGCAGGCCAGCCUGCUGGUGGCCAACCUGCUGGCCCACAUGAACUACUCCUUCUGGAUCGAGGCCGUCAACGGCGUGUCCGACCUGAGCCCCGAGCCCCGCCGGGCUGCCAUCGUCAACAUCACCACCAACCAGGCAGCCCCGUCCCAGGUGGUGGUGAUCCGGCAGGAGCGCGCGGGCCAGACCAGCGUGUCGCUGCUGUGGCAGGAGCCGGAGCAGCCCAACGGCAUCAUCCUGGAGUACGAGGUCAAGUACUACGAGAAGGACAAGGAGAUGCAGAGCUACUCCACCCUCAAGGCCGUCACCACCCGGGCCACCGUGUCGGGCCUCAAGCCGGGCACGCGCUACGUGUUCCAGGUGCGGGCGCGCACGUCGGCGGGCUGUGGCCGCUUCAGCCGGGCCGUCGAGGUGGAGACCGGGAAGCCCCGGCCCCGCUACGACACCCGGACCAUCGUCUGGAUCUGCCUGACGCUCAUCUCGGGCCUGGUGGUGCUUCUGCUUUUGCUCAUCUGCAAGAAGAGGCACUGUGGCUACAGCAAGGCCUUCCAGGACUCGGACGAGGAAAAGAUGCAGUACCAGAGCGGCCAGGCGCCGCCCCCUGUCUUCCUGCCCCUGCACCACCCCCCGGGGAAGCUCCCGGAGCCCCAGUGCUGCGCCGAGCCGCACACCUACGAGGAGCCGGGCCGGGCAGGCCGCGGCUUCACCCGGGAGAUCGAGGCCUCCAGGAUCCACAUUGAGAAGAUCAUCGGUUCCGGGGAGUCCGGAGAAGUCUGCUACGGGCGACUACGGGUGCCUGGGCAGCGGGAUGUGCCCGUGGCCAUCAAGGCCCUCAAGUCUGGCUACACGGAGAGACAGCGUCGGGACUUCCUGAGUGAGGCCUCCAUCAUGGGCCAGUUCGACCACCCCAACAUCAUCCGCCUCGAGGGUGUCGUCACCCGUGGCCGCCUGGCAAUGAUCGUGACGGAAUAUAUGGAGAACGGCUCUCUGGACGCCUUCCUGAGGACCCACGAUGGACAGUUCACCAUCACGCAGCUGGUGGGCAUGCUCAGAGGCGUGGGCGCCGGCAUGCGCUACCUCUCAGACCUGGGCUACAUCCACCGUGACCUGGCUGCCCGCAACGUCCUGGUGGACGGCAACCUGGUGUGCAAGGUGUCGGACUUCGGGCUCUCGCGGGUGCUGGAGGACGACCCCAAUGCCGCCUACACCACCACGGGAGGGAAGAUCCCCAUCCGCUGGACAGCGCCCGAGGCCAUCGCCUUCCGGACCUUCUCCUCGGCCAGUGACGUGUGGAGCUUCGGCGUGGUCAUGUGGGAGGUGCUGGCCUACGGGGAGAGGCCCUACUGGAACAUGACCAACCGGGACGUCAUCAGCUCGGUGGAGGAGGGGUACCGGCUGCCCGCGCCCAUGGGCUGCCCCCGCGCCCUGCAUCAGCUCAUGCUGGACUGCUGGCAGAAGGACAGGGCCCAGCGGCCGCGAUUCUCCCACAUUGUCAGUGUCCUCGAUGCGCUGAUCCGCAGCCCCGAGAGUCUCAGGGCCACGGCCACGGCCGGCAGGUGCCUGCCCCCUGCGUUUGCCAGGAGUUGCUUUGACCUCCGAGGGGGCGGUGGUGGCGGCGGCGGGGGCCUCACUGUGGGGGACUGGCUGGACUCCAUCCGCAUGGGCCGGUACCGGGACCACUUCGCGGCUGGCGGGUACUCCUCCCUCGGCAUGGUGCUGCGCAUGGAUGCCCAGGAUGUGCGAGCCCUGGGCAUCACCCUCAUGGGCCACCAGAAGAAGAUCCUGGGCAGUAUCCAGACCAUGCGGGCCCAGCUGACCAGCACCCAGGGGCCCCGCCGGCAUCUCUGACUCAUGGCCACCAGCUGGACAGCAUCAGCCUAGGUCACACUAGCAGUCAGAGGACGUGCUGGGCUGUCAGCAGUCGGGCGGUCCCAGGCCACCGCCCAGCGUCGCUGCUGCCCUCCUCUCAGGCACUGGAGAGGCCGAAGGCUCCACUGCAGGACCCAGAGUUACAGGGGUCAGGCACCUGGGGAGGGGUCCUUGGUGCCCAGUGUGGAGGUCACCUGCCCCUGGGGACAGAGGGCCUUCUCUCUUCCAAACCCCAGGGCCUCAAUGCCACAGGGUCCAGCAGAGGUGCUGUCACUGGCUCUGUGUGUGAACAUGGCCCACUGUGUUCCCACAAGGCCCUGGGCCAUGUGAACAGCGUGUCCCUAGUGAGUUCCCAGCACAGACGCGCACGUGUUGUGAUGCGUGUGCUCAUCCGUGUGCUGGGACCACAUGUGGGUGACAGUGGGUGAUGUGUCAUGAAUGAGGAGGUGUGACAGGCAUGUGAGCAGGGACCAGGGUGUGGCACUGCCCACAUGCCUGGAGGCUGGAGCCAGGGGCCACUUCUGAACCUCACCAGCACCAGGCCCACCCUCCUGCUGCCUGGGAGAGCCCACCCCGCUGCAUCUCAGGUCCGGGCCUCCCCUGCAGCUGGGGGCCACCUCAGCCCCCACCUGGCUUCCCCCACUGAUCAACAGGAAAACAGGGUUCCCGGCCAGCCCCCUGGCCACCUUUCAUGUAGGCAUCACAGUAGGGAACACAGAUGCCCCCAGCUGGACUUGGCUGCCUGGCCAGGGCCGGGGCGUCCACUUCCCUCUGUCUGAUGCCCAUCGCGCCCCCCAGGGUCUCCUCAAGUGGCAGCCCCUUGGCCAACCUCUCACUGCCCGCCCGCCCCUACCCCCUGCCCCCUGUCCCACCGGUGCCCAGGUCAGAGAACAAAGGUCCUGGCCGCUCAGCUCCAGGCCCUGCUUCCCGACCGGUGCAGAUGGGCCGGAAGGGGUUCUGCUCGCCCCAGGCCCCCAGCAGCCCAGCUUCGGCGCUGGGGCCUCUGUCCUCCCAGCCUAGGGCCGGUCUCAAGGUACUGGCCCCGGGCGGUGGGAGGGGCCAGGGAAGCCCCGCCCCUCGCAAUCUGACCCUCCCCCUGACGGCCCACCAGGGUAUGUAAAUAUGUUUUCUAUCGUGUCGGAAUAUUUUUCCUCACUCCUGACAAUGCAAAAAUGGUCUUCGAAGCACAUAAAAAGCACCCAGGGUGAGAAAGCCCCAUCCCGGGGGGGUUGGCAGGCAGGACCCAAGGAACGCCACCGGGUGCCCUGCGCUCCCCAGAGGGAGGGGCCCGCCGCGCUGCCCCUGUCCAGCCCCUCGCCAUAGCCAGCACAGCUACCGCGGAGGCACCGGCACUGAGCCCCCUCUCCCUCCUGCAAUAAUUCGGGGCGUCUCAGCGGUCCCGGUGCCGCGGCAGCUCGCCCUGCCCUCUGCGUUCUGCUGCCCUGGGCCGAGCUGCUCUUCCUUCCUAUGGAAGGGGAAACGUGGUCAGGACGGAGCCGAGAGCCCGUCUUCCGCCCACCCGCUCUCACCUGGUUUCUGCGCUCGGGAUCCUGACAGUCACGUGUGGGAACACGUGGGCCUGGCACUUGCAAAAGUGUGGCCGCUGCCCCAGGAGCGGGUCCCCCUGGGUCCCAGGGGCCUGCCUCUCUGUGGUCCCCAUCCUGAGUCUUGAACUUAACUACAAUGAAAAUAAAU